GUCUGAUUCCAUUGGCAGUUAUAUUCUAUGGCCGCGUGCAUUGGUGCGGUUAGCAUAUCAGGGUUCGGGGAAGGCCGACAGGAAGGGAAAGAAGGUAGCUUCACCUCAGGGAGGCCGACGUGCCCAAGUGGGAACGAAUUCUUCGGCAAAGUAUCCACUCAUUACGGAUAUGGAGGUGGUGCAACGCCUUACUAAACCGUGCUUCUGGCUACAUGAGUGCAUUAGCGAUGCAGCCGAUGAAGCAAUGAUUGAGAUUAAGUUGUCGCACCACCAAUUCCACUACAUUGAUGAGGAAACAUCGACCUUCAUUUCUAAGGAUGAUAUUAAAGAAUUCUUACUUGGGGAAGAGUUGAAUGUUUCCAUGAUACAAACAUUCAUGAGGCUAUUAUACAAUGAUGUGAGGCGAUCUAGUCAGCCAAUCUUUGGUUGGUUAUGUCCAAGCUUUGUACGAGAUGACAGUUGCGUACAAAACGAAAAAGAGGUGAAAGUAUAUCUCAAGGAUUCUUUGAACGCAUGUUCUCGUCUUGGAUAUAAGAUCGUUCUUCUUCCUUACAUUGAAUCGAACCAUUGGACACUCAUUGCAAUAUGUGUGUCAAGUAACGAAGUCUACCACUUUGAUUCUUUGCGUAAAGGAACAAUACGGUCCUUACUAGUCAAAUCAUUGUUAAAUAGUGUGAUGAAGAAGAUUACUUCAUCUGGACUUCGACAAGGAAAAGCUCCUGUUUGGUAUUUAGUCGAGUGUCCGGUACAAGAAGGUGGACUUGCGUGUGGGUAUUACGUCAUGAGGUUCAUGCUCGAUAUCGUCAACUAUUGCAAAGAUGUUGUUGAUCUUCGAAAGGUAUGUAACUUUUAGGUUUCCAAUUGUUGUUUGUUGUAUUUCCGGCCUAUUUUAGCCUUUUCGCUCCCAAAAUGUAGUUAUGAUGUGAUUUAACCUCAAAUUCUCUUUGAACAUG